AUGGCUACCCUACACGAGGCCCUUCAAUGCCUCAAGCCAACAUCAUGGGACGCAGUCCCCCAGGAUCCCGACGAGCUCCGUGACUACGUGCGCGAUAUCUUCAAAAAAGGCCGCCUGGUAGCAGAGUCACUUCCAGACCCCCCAAUCACCGAUAACGAUGACUACCCCGGGUUAGAAGCCACGACAGAUUCCUCCGCCCGACGAAUUGUCCCAUCAUCCGUACGAAUGGGAGAAACCGAUCCAGAUAUUGCAGACCUGCAAAAGGAAUGGGGGAAACCGCUGAAGAUGGGCGGACCAAAGGACAAUCCAUUAGACGUGACUGUAUGGAAACUUUCCGCAAAUGACGGUGGAGGCUCAUGGUUCGGGCGACGGAGUGUGCAUGAAGGCAUCCCAUUCUCGCGGUGGCGGAAGAAGCUCUCAACCGAGUACGAUGAAACGCUGAAAGAAAACCGCAAGAAGAUUGAGAAGGGAGAGACGCCCGAUAAGAGUAUCCGCGGGAUCGGUGCCGAGGAAAAGAUCGAGACUAUGGAGGUCAAGGACCACGAUGGUUCGAUCUUGGGCGAUUUGAUUGUUUACCACGUUUCGGCGCAAUUUCCUAAGCCUACUGCUCCGCGCGAUUUUGUGGAGUUGAUCAUCAAUUCCGAUUUUGGAUUGCAAGCUGGCGGAUGUAAGCAUCCUGGUCGCAGUUGGAUCAUGAUCUCUAAGCCAUGUGACCACCCCGAUAUCCGGAAUAAGCCAGGAUAUACUCGUGGGGAGUAUGAGUCUGUUGAACUCAUUCGGGAGAUUCCUAAAAAGAACGGCAGUGGGAACAGCUCUCCUAGUCAAGGAAGUAAUAAGAAUGGAGGUUCUUCAUCCUCCAAUCUGCAACGCCCUGAGGGGUUACCUGAGCAGAAUGGAGCUGGGGAUGAUGAAGACGAAGAAAUGAAUCCUGUUGAAUGGAUCAUGGUCACCAGGAGUGACCCGGGCGGCAACAUCCCACGGUGGAUGGUGGACAAGGGAACACCACGAAGCGUGGGAGCGGACGCCGCUAAAUUCAUCAAUUGGGCUGUCCAAGAUGACGAAACCCCCAAGCAAGAAGAACCCAUAGACACGGAAGCUGCGGAUGGUUCAACAGGCGCCAACGCUAAAUCUGAGCGGUCUGCGAAUGGGUAUGAUUCCGACCAGGCAGACGACUCGGAUUCGGAGUACGAAUCACUCGACAGCGACGGCGAGCAUUCGCACCAUGGUCUGAUUGCCAGUGUCACUGGCUUGCUCAAUACCGGACUGGAACGGUUUGCACCACAUGUUCUGGGAUACGGGUCCCAUGAUGAUGUAUCGGGUGAUCCCCCACCUGCGGAGGUUUCCCAUACCGAUGCAGAUGGCAUGGCACACCUAAGCCCAAAAAGCGUUCAAGAAGAUAAACCGACGCUGGACGCCGGAUAUUCAACGUCCCGCGAGCGCGAUGGUGCUUCAUUGUCAUCAACCAAUUCCGAACAAGCAGCAACUGCCAUCGAUGUAGCACACAACAACAUGUCCCCGGAGGAACUGAUCAAAAUGACAAAGAAUGGCAACCUCUCUUCGCACGAGAAAGAGCUCGCCAAACUAGCCAUACGUAAACGCGAAAUUGAAGCCAAGCUAGAAGAAGUCCGCGCCGAACUCGACAAGCUUCAGAUCUCACAACCGCCUAGUGUCUCAGGGACCCCACGGAAAGGAGUUAGCGAGGUAGACAGUGACACUAGCGAGAUGCGUAAGCGCGCAGCGACGAAUAUGUCUUCCAAACCUCCCAGCACUCGGACACAGCAGAGCCAAAGUCAACCGCAGGGCGAGAACAGCAAUGAAGAAAAGUCAUCUUCUGCGCAGACGGCAACCCCCGACCCGCCAGCACAUCACUCCAAAGCAGCCUCUCACUUUCUUAAUGGGGAAUCUAAGCUGCUUAAGCAACUGCGCAAGAUCGAGGCUAGCCAAUUGAAAGUUGCGUCGAAGAUUCAAUCGAAGCAGCGAAAGGAUGCGGAGCGCUCGGAGAAGUCCAAGAACAAGUCUGAGGUUGAUAACUUGAAGCACGAGGUACAUGAUCUCAAGAAAGAGCUCAAGCAGCUUCGCUCUGAGCGCCAGAAAUGGAUCGAUCUUGUUGCUUCGUUGCAAGCGGAGAAUACGAAGUUGGCGGCGAAGUUGGAGACUGCUUGA